CCUCACGAUGGGGCAGUCCAAGAAGUCGUGUGCCUGGUCUCAUUGACCGUGACAAUUAUGAACUGCUGCAAAGUCCGUGAAAUCCAGCACCGACUGUAGCGGCAUAUCUACUCAGGGGGUCCUCUUGAUACUCCCAUUUCUGCUGACGGUCCGUUUUGGGAUUUUUACACGAAGCGAUAACGAGUGCCAAGUUUCGGAGCUCCCUCAGUAAGCUCCGAACAAGCAAGAUUUGGUUUGCCCCUGCAUGAGCGUGCACCAUUGUCUCCUUUGGGAUUCAUUGUGCGCCGCAGCAGUCAUGAUGCUGCAAGUCUGUACGGGCACGCAGUUGCCACAAUGAUUAGGUCAUGUUGUAUCUUGCCAGCUACAGGCCCGACCUGUCAGACAGGGAUCAUGCUUAUUCGCAUAGCCAGGCGUGUAAGCACUUACGCCGUGCGGUGGAUAUUUGAUGCCGAGGCUGAGCCUGGAGAUACCAUUACCCAGCAUCGACAUGUUGAUGCCAUGUCCGAAUCACCAGGCCCUCCACGGACGGCACGAUUUGACCAUGGCCCUCUAGGACUCUCGCAUGAUGGAGAGCGUCGCGAUUUGGAGCACUGGCAAGGUCUCCAAGGAGUGCCUGGGAAAAGCACAGCGUGUGGUGCGGGGUGGCGCAAGCCAGAGUGCGGGGAAGCACUGGCGCCGCCGUGGCCGUGGAGACGGGACAGACAAGGGCAUUCGCCCACUGGGAUCCGAUGCGUGCCUAGGCGGGCUUGGAUUGCACCAGCGAAGGCGAUGAUGGGACGGCAGCUAUCCUCGGCAUAUCUGCCACUAAGCAGUUGUCAUGGUUGAAGGCGAGCAAGCGCUUGGCAUGGUGGGUGGCCGGUGGAGAGAUCAUUUGGAGAGUGGGGUGAACCGCAAUAUUUCCCUUGUUGCUCUCGUCGUCUCCAGAAGGCAACCUUGGAACCUUGGAAGUCCUGU